AUGGGUACGAGCCGCGGAGAAGGGGAAGGGGUUGAUGGGGGAGGAGCGGGGAAGAUCGGCGCAGCGAGGGGGAACCCGGCGAGUGAAGUGAUAAGCGGAGAUCCUUCACGUGGUGGCGGUGGUGCAAGUGGCGCCAGCAGUGCCAGCGGGGGAAGUGGUGGCGGGGGCGACUCCGUGAAAAGCGCAGGGCGCACGGAAGACGCAGGGCUCGCGGGGAGCGCAGGGAGCGUGAGUGAGAAGCGGGGGAGCGAGGAGGAGAGGGCGGUGCGCGUGUAUGUGGACGGGAUCUUCGACCUGUUCCACUUCGGCCAUGCGCAGGCACUGCAGCAAGCCAAACAGCUAUUCCCACGGACUUACCUUAUAGUGGGUUGCUGCAAUGACGAGGACACAGCAAGGCUCAAAGGCCCUACGGUGCUAAACCACAAGGAGCGAUGCCUAGCCCUCAAACACUGCCGGUGGGUGGACGAGGUGGUGGAGAAUGCGCCAUGGGUGCUCACAGAGGAGUUCAUCGCCCGUUAUGCCAUCGACUACGUGGCACACGACUCCAUCCCUUACAUGCAGAAACCAGAGGGAGGCUCCUCCAGCAAAGCUCAAGACGUGUAUGCCUACGUGAAGAGCAUAGGCAAGUUCAUACCCACGCAGCGCACAGACGGCAUAUCAACAUCGGACAUCAUAGCGCGCAUCAUCUCGCGCAGGCAUGACUACAUCCUUCGCAACCUCUCCCGGGGAUACUCGCCCUCUGCGCUCGGCCUCUCCUUCCCUGCUGUGUGCUACUAUCAAGGGAGCCUCCUCCUUGCAGACAUGUACAAGCACAUCCAUAAAAUGAUCCAAUGGCUGACUUGCCUUCCAGGCAUCUCUUGGCUCUUCAACUCAUCAUCAACAUCAACAAAAAGCGGCCAUCGGAAGCAACAGUGA